AUCGUAGGCAAGAUUGCAGACACUGACCCGUAGGCAACACUGUCAGCAGUGCGGGUUAUGUUAUCAGCUCUACCGGUGAUGCCCUAGGCAAGACCAUGCUAUUAGGGCAGGAGAAACAGGGCGAAGAGAAGCAAGAGGAGCAACCGGCAGAACCCAGCUUGCACGAUGAGGAAGAUGGCAAAUACGCGACUCAGCCAGCCAAGAAGCCGCCUGGCGGCCGGGGUCUUAGCAGCCUAAAGGAUAUCGUUAAUGGUGAUACUGGUGCUGUCGGAAACACUGCUUAUGUUGUCGAUGACACAGACAAACCCACCGUUGGCGACAUAAUUGGCGGCCUGGGUCUCGGAGGCAAGUCGGACGAGACGCUGGAAACUCCCAAGCAGGUCGAGGAAGCCAAGGACCAGGUGGCCGAAGUCAAGGCCGAGAACCAGAAGGGCACUAGUAUCAGGCUCGAGGGCCGCGGUGGGCCCACAGACAACAAGGAGGCAGCCUAG